AGCAUUUAUGAGUUCAGAUAAACUGAGUUUCUCGGGUGAUGUCACGCGUCCUUUUCAAAAGUGAUCAAAGUGCGUCCCAGUGAUCCUUUCAUCGGUUCCUCUCGUCCUCUUUCCAGAAAAGUCACAACACAAGGCUUUCGCAUUUUCACGAGAACUGCUUUUCAAGCAUGAAUAUAGUGAAGGCUACGAAUGUCGAGUACAAAGACCACAGCGUGAGUCGAGACAAGCGUGGACAGGUGGUGGGCACAAGGGCCGGCUUCCGAGGAUGCUCCGUCUGGUUCACCGGUCUCUCCGGUGCGGGCAAGACCACGCUCAGCAUGGCUUUGGAGGAUUACCUGUGCCGCCAAGGCAUCCCCGCCUAUACCCUGGACGGGGAUAAUAUGCGCACAGGACUCAACAGGAAUCUCGGCUUUACGCCUGAGGAUCGGGAGGAAAAUAUCCGUCGUGUUAGCGAGGUGGCCAAGCUGUUUGCGGACUCUGGAAUGGUCUGUUUGACUGCCUUCAUCAGCCCCUACAGUAGGGACCGUGACCGCGCUAGAAAGCUUCACGAGGACGCAAACCUGCCGUUUUUCGAGAUUUUCGUCAACACUCCGCUGGAGACGUGCGAGAAGCGUGAUGUGAAGGGACUUUACAAGAAAGCACGAGCUGGAAUCAUCAAGGGUUUUACUGGAAUAGACGCGGAAUACCAGCCCCCACAUAAGCCUGAGCUGGAACUCAGAGCAGGGGAGCUAUCAGUAGACAACUGUGUCCAGGAGGUUGUCAAACUUCUUACCAAGUCUGGUGUAUUACCACAUGCCAUGGUCAACGGUAUCAAGGAGCUAUUUGUUGAGCCAGAAAAUGUCGACGCUGCCAAGCAAGAGGCGGAUAGUCUUCCAAAAUUAGAGAUAACUAUGCUGGACUUACAGUGGGUUCAGGUUCUAUCUGAAGGAUGGGCAACGCCGCUUUACGGCUUCAUGAGGGAGAAUGAGUUCCUUCAGUGUCAACAUUUCGGCGCCCUUUUACAAGCAUCUGUAUCCAACCAGUCCGUCCCGAUCGUCCUACCGCUGACCACAGAGAAUAAAAACCGACUUGAAGGUUGCUCUGCGUACACUUUGACCUACGAGGGACGAAACAUCGCAAUCGUCAGAAACCCUGACUUCUAUGAACACCGUAAGGAGGAGCGGAUAGCGCGGCAGUGGGGUACCACCUCACCCAAUCACCCACAUAUCAAGAUGGUUCUUGAGUCUGGUGAUUGGCUCUCUGGGGGUGACUUGGAGGUGAUCGAGCGCAUCCGAUGGAAUGAUGGUCUCGACAAGUACCGACUCACACCCAACGAACUUCGAGACGAGUUUAAACGACUUGGAUCCGACGCAGUAUUCGCCUUCCAGCUCAGGAACCCUGUGCACAAUGGCCAUGCGCUACUCAUGCAGGAUACACGGCAACGUCUAAUUCAGCGUGGCUUCAAGAAGCCCGUUCUACUAUUGCAUCCCCUAGGGGGGUGGACCAAGGAGGACGAUGUCCCGCUCGCUGUGCGCAUGCGCCAACACUACGCGGUUCUUAACGAGGGAGUGUUAGACCCCGACACAACUGUCCUCGCGAUAUUCCCCUCGCCCAUGAUGUACGCCGGGCCUACCGAGGUACAAUGGCAUGCAAAAGCGCGUGUCGCUGCUGGGGUGAAUUUCUAUAUAGUCGGUCGCGACCCCGCCGGCAUGCCACACCCUGAUGAGAAGAGGGACCUGUACCACCCCAGCCAUGGCCGAAAGGUUCUCACCAUGGCGCCUGGACUUACCCAGCUCGAAAUCGUCCCUUUCCGAGUCGCUGCGUACAACACGCGGCACAAGAAGAUGGAAUUCUUCGAUCCUGAACACAAGGAAGACUUUGACUUUAUCUCAGGGACGCGCAUGCGAGCGCUAGCGCGAUCAGGGAAGGAACCGCCGAAUGGGUUCAUGGCGCCAACAGCAUGGAACAUCCUAGCAGAAUUCUACCAGUCCGUUAAGAAUUAACAGCACCAAAACAUCUCAGCAUUAUAUCAAAAUAUCUCAAUUUUAUUUUAAUAUUAUUUCUCUAAACCUCAUCAUAUAGUGUAUCUGGGAAUUUUUUACUUUCUUGUCUAAAGCAAUUUAUCACUUGGGCAAGCGCAAUAGCAAGUGCAAACGCAAGCGCAACACAAGUAAGAAUCAUUCAAAUAAAGCGCACAAACAUUCAAGCAAAUACAUUCUCGUGCUCUUGCAUUAGCUUGCGUUAGUUUGCGUUUCACUUUUGGCUGGAAAUUUGCGUGCGUUGUGCUCGCCCUCGACGCACCCUUGGUUAGAAUUAUGCAUUUCGAGAUGAUUCCCUGUUAUUCUGGCGCAGUUGUGCACUGAUCCCGGUAAAGAGCUAAACGGUAUUUGAAAUGGGAUGUUUAAACUUCGGCAGGUGUGGGUAAUCUCGACACCAUCAUUUAUUGAUUUUUGGAAGGUGCGGGCGGCUUUUCAACCUCUGCUUAAAUUAUUUUACCUUUGGCUUAGGUGUUGGUAAUGUGAAAAGACUUUAAUUGUCUUCACAUUUUAUUCCUUUUUUUCUUAUUUAUCACGUGGCAUAUAUUACAGACUUUUAGGGAACUGUUUUUUUCUCAUUUAUAACUUUAGAAAAUGUUCUUAUGAUAUUUAUAAUCUUCAUUCAUUUGCAAAGCAAUAUGUGCCUUGGAUAAAGAUAUAAAAGUAUAUAUAUUUGGGAGCGUUACAUAUAUCCAUCUUAAUGGAUAUAAUAUACAUAUCAUACUUUAUCCGUGUAAGUAUUUCUGCGUUUGGCUAGAGACGUAUGGGUGUAUAGGUGCAGGGUGUUAGUCGUUACAGAGAAAUAUAGUUACUAGAAAUUAUAAAGUACUUUAAUGAAAUGAACAGGUAUCGGUUCCA